GCCGCUCAUUCCGCGUUGGGGCGGUGAGGGCGCGGCGCGAUGAUGGAGCCCGGAAGCGGCUUGGAGACCGCGCAGGAGGAUGAUGAGCCCGAGGUGAAGAAACGGCGGCUUCUGUGUGUGGAGUUUGCCUCGGUCGCGAGCUGUGACGCCGCCGUGGCCCAGUGUUACCUGGCUGAAAACGACUGGGAGAUGGAAAGAGCGCUGAACUCCUACUUCGAACCGCCGGUGGAGGAGAGCGCCUUGGAAAUCCUCCCCGGGAGCCCGUCGGAGCCCGAGCCCUGUGUUGACCUAACCAAUGAAGAAACAACUGAUUUCACUGGCUGUAAAAUCAGCCCACCUGAAAAUCCUCAGCAAGAAGAUGGCAGCAUGUUUUCGCUCAUUACCUGGAACGUUGAUGGAUUGGAUGUAAACAGUCUGCAAGAGAGGGCUCGAGGGGUGUGUACCUAUUUAGCUUUGUACAACCCAGAUGUGGUUUUUCUACAGGAAGUUAUUCCUCCAUAUUAUCGCUACCUAAAGAAGAGAGCAAGUACUUAUGAAAUUAUUCCAGGUCAUGAAGAAGGAUAUUUUACAGCCAUAAUGUUGAAGAAAUCAAGAGUGAAAUUAAGAAGCCAAGAGAUUAUUCCUUUUCCAAAUACCCAAAUGAUGAGGAAUCUUUUGUGUGUGCAUGUGAGUUUGUCUGGAAAUGAACUUUAUCUUAUGACUUCCCAUUUGGAGAGCACCAAAGGGCAUGCUAAGGAACGAAUGAGUCAGUUUAAAAUGGUUUUGAAGAAAAUGCAAGACGCUCCAGAGUCAGCUACAGUUAUAUUUGCAGGAGAUACAAAUUUAAGGGAUCAAGAAGUCACUAAGUGUGGUGGUUUACCCAACAACAUUUCAGAUAUCUGGGAGGUUUUGGGCAAACCCAAGCAUUGCCGAUACACAUGGGACACACAGAUGAACUCUAAUCUGGGAAUAUCUGCUGCUUGUAAACUUCGUUUCGAUCGAAUAUUCUUCAGAGCAGCAGCAGAGGGGGGCCACGUUAUUCCCCGAAACUUGGACCUCCUUGGGUUGGAAAAGCUGGACUGUGGUAGAUUUCCCAGCGAUCACUGGGGUCUGCUUUGCAGCCUAGAUGUAAUAUUGUGAGUGCUUUUCAAAUGUGAGCUUUUAAUUGUUUGGGUGGCUUUAGUCUGGUUUUUUGCACAUAUUAUUUCUAUCUCUCUGGAAAGGUAGGUUUAAUAUGGAAGAAUUAAUAUACUGGAACAUUACAGGAAAACAACAGUUAUGAUUUUAUCUUGUAGCUUAUGGCCUUGGGAUUCAGAAUUAAAUGUUAGUUAUGUAAACUAAAGCAAGCCUGUGUUCAGAAUGUGAGGCCAUUUAACAAAAAUGCACGAAGUCUGUCAGAGCCUUUAAUAGUGCUUGUAGCUGCCAUCUGGAUUCCAACUAGGACUCACAUUAUCUCAGGGCACCUAGGUAAAAUUUUAAAUAAGUUAGCAAAAGAAAGAAAAAAAUCAGAAGAAACUAAUUCUUGGGACUGGGCUUCUUAAUCAUAUUUCACAAAUUCAGAUAAUCUUUUUUCCUUAGAGAAAAACAAAUAUGCGUAAGAAAAAUAGCCUUUUGCUACUUGUAAAAUGGAAAUAUUUAACAGGAAGUGAAU